AUGGGAUCGUCAAUAAAACAAACUGAUAAGCCUACUGCUCCGGAAGAGUUUAAAACCAAUAGUUGGUGGAAGAUAUAUUUAGGACAUAUUUGCAAAAUGUCAUUGUUUAAUAUGGGUUAUAACUCAUUGGAGGUCAAUGAAGCAAGACUUUUGAUGGCCGAACUUGAGUUGCAGAACAUGACAUCACUUUUCAAUGGAUCUAAAUGCAUCCAGCCUCGAUAUGGUGAGGGUGAAUUAUCAAAGGGUGAAAGUGUUUGCAUAGACCGAUGUGUUGCUAAAUUUGUUAAGUCGAAUACUCUUAUAUCUGAGUAUAUGCGUGAAUCAGGGAAUGGGCCAGAGACGUUAUCAUCAUUUCGUGCAACAGCAUCGCGUGCCGGAGUAUCUUAUAUGGAGCCUGAUAACAACCAAUAA